AUCAUUCCGAGCCAAUUCCGAACCUCGGCACCGCGCCAAGCGCAGCUGCUGGUCAGAUGCUUGGAUUGACGAUCACGCUCGCUCUAUUUCCCCCCAUGACAAUAAAGUCCCCGAACUCCCCAGUGUCCGCAGACCUCAGCAAUGUCGACAUAAUCACCACCGCGAGAAUAACCACCAUGGCCGAACACGAACCCGAACCCUCUUCUCCACCCGCUGCUGUCGCGGACCACGAAAAACACAAUGAGGGGAACACGGUGAGCAGUCCCCCGCAGGACGACUGCUCACCAUCACCACCGCCGGUAUCGUCAAUAACCGGCGCUGGACGUCGCCGCCAACAGCUGCUGGCAGCUCUCAAGGCGACAGACCGGACAGUCGACCGGUUCGAUAGACUCAUAUCCACCGCCGCCGGCCAAGAACGAGUCCUCGCAGUAACAGGCUACCUCGCACACACACUACACCAUAUUCUCUCCUCAGCACCAUGGAUCGCAUUCCAAGCGCGUCUCAGCCUGCUCGCACGUCUACGCAACAACCCUAAACCUCCCACCACCACCACUACCACAUCAUCAUCCUCAUCCUCCUCCAAAUCACCCCUCCUCGCCCUCUCCUCUCUCAUGUCCGAAACCCGCUUCACCCUGCGCCUUCUCGGCCUCUUCCCCCUCUGGACAUGGGGCUCUCAGACCCUGAAACACCCACCGGCAGAUAAACCCCUCUACAUCCUGACUCUACUGCAGGUGUUCGUGAACGUGAUCUACCAGGCGCUCGAGAACGUGGGAUAUCUUGCGCAGAAGGGGAUCGUGUCGAAGCGGUUCGUGGAUCGGUGGGGUGGGAUUGAUAAGUGGUAUAUUUGGAGUACGAGGGCGUGGUUUGGACAUAUUUUCUUUCAGUUUUUUGUGCUUUGGAGGGGGACGAAGAGGGAGGCGUUGAGGAAGGAGAUUCGGGCGUGGAGGAAGAGUCUCGUUAAUAAUGUUUGUUGGGCGCCGUUGUGUCUUCAUUGGUGCUUUGAGAAGGGCAUUGGGUUCCCCGAGCAUUUGACCGGGUUGGUUAGUUUUAUGGCCGGGGCUUGGGAGGUUUGGGAUUCUUGGGUCGCUACGGGGUUGUAGUAGCGGAUGGGAUUGGGGUGGGUUUCAUGUUGUAUUGAGCGAUUAUAGCAUAUGGUUCUUUUUUUAACUCUAGUUGUUCUUGGCAGGGUGGUAUACUAUAGAUUUAGAUCGGGAUGGGAAGACGGAUAGU